UUUGGCCACCAAGACUCACGCGUGCGAGACGAUAACGCUCUUCAUUUUCGCUGAAAAAUUACAUUAUAAAUACCAAUAAAUGGCAUCACUCUUCCUCACAAAAUGGUGCCAGCAUUAAAACCCUAGAGACUCUGUGUACCAAACCCAAUCUCGGUGAGUUUUUCAUCCUCCUUUUCUUUCGCAACAUGUUUUAAUUGUAUUUUUCCUAUGAAUAUCAUGAGCUGCAUCACCAGCAGCAGGGUUCAGUAUAGGAGGAUCCACAGCGCUGCAAACCAGUUGUGCAAAAGAUGAAUUAGGAUAUAAACCUUUGACCACCGCAUGUCAUAUGCCUUAUUCUUCCAGCUUUAUAGAACAAAGCUUCUCCCACAACUCACCAACUCAAACCCAAACCAAAGCUCAGGUUAUCAUUGUCCUUCUCUUCAUGGCAUUACCUUCCCCACAAUCGACUUCUCAAGUUCCUGAAACUGAAAAAGAUUUUGAUCUGUUGAAGUGUUCGAAGAUCGAAAAUGGGAAGAAAGAAGCAGAGAUCCAUUUAGUAGGGUAUCGGUUUGAUCCAUCCGAAGAUCAGAUUGUUGUGUUCUAUCUGUUCAACAAGAUUUUGGGCCGGGAACUUCCUAUCAACGACAUUAUAAAAGAGAUUUCUGUUUAUGACCAUGAUCCGGAUGAGCUCCCCAAUGGUGAUUUCAAACAUGGUCUUGACUGCAAUGAGGCCUUUUACUUCGCAUAUACAGAACAGGUUUACAGCAGUAGAGGGAAGAUAACUAGAAGGACGACAAAGAGUGGUUACUGGGACUUAGAUGGCGAGGAAGAAGAGGUUAAAUACCGCAAUGGCGACAUAACCGUCGGGUUUGAAAAAGUUAUGGUCUUCCAUAAGGGGACUGCACCAAAUGGAAUCGAAACUGACUUUAUCAUGCAUGAGUACAGGGUUAAUCCUCUUAUAGUCCCUACUCAUGUCCUCAAUGAUAGCAUAAGGGCAAAGAUUGAGAGGUAUGUGGUGUGCAGAAUUAUACACGAAGGAGUUUCAAAUUUUCCACGUACAAACUUCCACCAGGAUGGACUGCUAGGCCUGUUGAAGAAGCAGAACCAAAUUGAUAUGACAGAAAUAGCCUAGUGCUUCAUAUAGGGAUGCCAGUUUUGCCGUCGUCUUGGACAUUGGAAGUUGCAGUUCUCAGUUUUUUUUUCUUUUUCUUGGAGAGAUCUCUUCCAGUUCUUGCCGACUAUUGUUAUACUUGCACCAUAAUUUUCUUUAUUGUUAAAAUGAACGAAUUUUUAUUGGUUCUAAUUUCUUCGAACUUUCCCAAGAGGGAGGAGCCCAAUUUCAUGCAAGAGUAGUUUGUUAUCUAGAGAGAGUUCAGAAUUGUAAA